AAGCUACAAGCAGAUUUCAGAAUUAUUUUUUUCAGAACCAAUUAAAUUGGUUGAGAAAACAGAAGCCAUUGGCAUCGUCAUGAAAUUAUUCAUAAUUCUUGCAUUGUGCAUUAUGAGUGCAAAUUGUGACUUACAUCCAAUCACCAGCGAGGAAGCUGAAACUUUAAGAACAUUAUGGAGUCAAGUCAAGCAUAGAGAGGCUGACAUUCUUUAUGUCAUUUUUAAGGAGAAUCCAGAUAUUCAAGCUCACUUCCCUGCAUUUGUUGGAAAGGAUCUGGAAGCAUUAAGAAAGUCUUUAGCAUUUGCAAUCCAUUCAACAAGAAUUGUAAGCUUCUUCUCUAAAAUUGCUACACUUGCUGGAGAUCCUAGCAACCUUCCAGCUUCAAAAACUCUAAUGAACGAAUUGGGAUCAAGUCACAAAAGUCGUGGCAUUCAAAAGGAAUUUUUCAACAAGUUCCGUGCAUCACUCGAUGAUUUUAUGCAGAGACAAUCAUCAUGGAACGACAAUGCAGCUGCUGUUUGGAAUAAAGCUUCAGAUAAUUUCUAUUUUGUUCUGUUUGCUAGUCUAGAUGGAAAUCCAGUGAACUAAAAUAAAGAAUCAUAAUUUGGUAGCUAGCUUUAAGUAACAUAAGGUCAUAGCAAUAAAUCUUUUUCUGAAGACUACUCGUGUCUUUUCCUAUCUUGUU